AUGAACUUGGCCAUAGAGGAACCUUCGAAGGUGAUAAAGAUGAGAAUGGGUGGGGCCAGGCUCCACAAACAGGCAAGAUAUGGUGAAAAGACUCUCCGUAGCGAGAGGAGAAACUACCCCUCAUAUGAGCAAAGGCUGCCUGAAGGGGGCCUGCAGAAAGCUCUAUCUGAUUCAUGCGAUGACGAAAACUGUCCUGACGGUGCAAUGUUUAACACAAAAGAAGUUUCUAUAGACUUUUUUGAUUUAAACUCAGCUGAAAGAAAGCAGCAGAUGGAGUUCAAGGAUGAUUAUGACGAGGCUAAGGAAGGGCUGCAUCUUUAUGGCCAUGAUAUUUCCAAGGGAGUGCUCGAAAGAAGUUUCAUCGAAGGAAUGCUGGAAAAUGACAUUAGAGUUAAGGACAUAAAGUACGGAGGAGACCUUAUAUUUAUAUACUUUUUUACAGUUGAAGACUCCAUUUCGUUCUACAAGCAGUUUCUGCCCUACGUUGAAAUACACUUUUCUGAAGCCUAUGAUUUCGAGCAGGCUGUAUUGCUCUCUUCCUCCGAAUGGGCCAGUAUCACGCUGUCAAGCAUGUACAACUCUUCGAAGGACAAUGAUGCUUGUGACCAAUCUUCGAGUGGACUGCUAGAAAACGGCAGCCAUUUGGAGAGUAGGAAGUAUGUGACGUGUGAGUAUAUGGAAGACGAAAGUGCUGUGUGUUUUCAUGGUACGGAUACUGAGUCUAAUGAGUGGCAUGGAGAGCUUUCUGAAAGAAUUCUUUUUGAGAAGAAGAUCGAGCACUUCACACAUCUCCGAAACUUCUUUUCAAGGAGCGAGGUAAAAGCCAUGAUGCAGAGUUUGGAAGUGGGGAACAUUGAUUUUGUAUUUAAGAACACAAAGGAGUUGGCCGUUGGAAACCAAUCAAAUAAGGUAAUGCAGGAAGCCAUAGGGUUACUCCCAGAUGUUGGGAUUGCACGAAUCAUUCAGAAUCUUGGAUAUGAUAUUGCGCCUAUAGCAGCAAAUAAGCAUGGUGCAUACACUGUCCAAAUGCUCAUCUCUGUGUCGAAGACAUCGCUAACACAGAAUCUGCUAUCAAAAUACUUCAGAAAGUUUGGAGGAUUCCUUAUAACCCAUGAGAUAGGAAACUACACCAUCCAGAAGAUACUCAGAUUUGACCCAAAUCUUAUCUUUGAGCUUUUUAUUUCAAAUAUCAAGGACGUUGUGGGAAGCGAACUUGGAAUAAAGGUUCUGAAAAGAUGCCUGGAAUUUUUUCCUGAUAAGAAAGCUGCACUGGCCCAGAAGGCUCGGGAGCACGGAAGAAACUUGAAUGUUCUGCUACUUUAA